AUAUCUAAAGGUGUAUAUAAAAGAUAAGUAUUUAAAAAGAAUACAUGUGUACUAGUACGUGAUAUAUAUCCUGUACACUUCAUACUGAAUUAUGGUGACUGUUUUACUUCUGUUAUCUGAACUGUUGUAUAAAACAACCAUAUAAUUAUACUCUGUGAAUAUUGCUGUAAUUUUAACAUAAACUCUGCUGUUGAAACUGGACAUACAACACUGAAUAUAACUAAUGUUAACAAAAACUCUGUUUAAACUGGACGUGCUCUGUUGAAACUGGACGUGCUCUGUUGAAACGUGACUGUAAUUUUUACUGGGCUAUAAAUUCAUCUAAAUAUGGCGGAGGCAGGCGAUAAUACACAUAGCUGUAGUAUCUGUUUAGAUGAUUUUACUAAACCUAAAAUACUACCAUGUGUUCACAAAUUUUGUCAACAUUGUUUAGACGACCAUAUCAAAGCACACUCACAUCUCAACAAGUUUAAUUGUCCCAUUUGUAGAACAGAGAUUCAAGUACCUGAUGGUGGUGCAAGUGGAUUUUCAAGAUACAUCCAACCGAAAAGUAAAACGGAAAAACAUUAUUGUCUCUGUCGGAGUCACGAGACAAAAGAAAUAGAAUUUUAUUGUCAUGAAUGUUAUGUUGCUGUUUGUGGUAGCUGUGUUAUAUUGGAUCACAAAAAUCAUACAGUAGCUGAUCUUCAAGAUGUUGACCAAGAAAUCAGAGGAAAGUUAAACAUUAUAAAGGGGGAGUUAGAAGGUAAAAUUGGUGAAGUCGAGAAAUACUGUGAAUUAUUAACCAAUCGAAUAUCUGAUAUCAAGAACCAAGCUAAAAUAGCCUGUGAUAAUGUUGAUACACAUGUCGAAAGAGUUUGUGAAGAAGUACAAAAACAUGGCGGUGACAUAAAAUGUGAGGUGAAUAAAAUUUGUGAUGAAGAAAGUAACAAGUUACAUAAAUUACAUGGAGAUAUGACCAAUUUAAAAAGUUACUUACAAACCAGUGUUAAACAUAUGAAUAAAGUGCUGAAUAGAAAAUCUACUGUUCCAGUUGUAGAUGCGUUAACCAAUGUACAAACACUGACUGAAGAUAGCAGAUCAACCAGUUUAGAUAUACCCCAAGUAAGAUAUGUCCAUUAUCCUAUGGUAGAUAUAGAUGUUAAAACUUUAGAACUACUCCUAGGUGAAAUAGAAAUAGUGGAGUCACGUACCUGGACGUCUAGUUUUAGUUUGAAUGAGAUAGUGAACACAGGCGUGUAUUACCCUAGUGAUAAUGUAAUGAUACAAGGAAUGUCAUGGUGUGUAAGUGUUAGCCAUCAAACAUCUACAUCAGGAUUGGGGUGUUACUUGUGGUUGAGGGGAGUGGAAGAUAGAACAGUUAAAAAUGUCACAGCUAGUUAUAUACUAAAACUAUUAAAUAUAAACGAUGUAAGUAAAUCUUUAGUGAGGCAAGAUACAGAUUCAUUUACACCUAAUGGUGGUGGAUAUGGUUGGCCUAGCUUUAUAGCGUGGAAUAAACUACGGGGUAAUAAGAGUGGAUUUAUCAACAAUAAAACAUUUACCUUACAGGUUACUGUGAAACUAGACAACAUAGAAAGAUACUGAUAUUUAUAUUACAGAACAUAGUACGAUUGAUCGGUGCCAUCAUAAUACAUGGAUAUAUCUCUAUUGUAGUGAUGAUGUACUGAUACAAGGAAUGCCAUGGUGCGUAAUUGUUAAACAUUAAAAGGAUAGAUCAAGAUGCUGCCUGGGUGUGAGGAGAGUGGAAGAUAAAACAUUUAAAUAUGUUAUAGCUAAUCGUAUACUAAUAAUAUAAACAAUGUAAGUGCAACAAGAUACAGGUACAUUUACACCUGGUGGGGAUAUAUGGGGUAAUGGUAACUUUAUAGAGUUGAAUAAACUACACGACGAGAUUAACGGAUUUUCUGAUAAUAAAACAUUUACUAUAUAAACAGGCUACUGUAGAAAUAAACAGUAUAGAACAAUACUGACAUUCAUAUUAUAGAACAUUACAGGAAAUUUGACGAUCUGUGUCAUUAACAAACAAUGACAUAUAUCUCUACAUAUUAGUUCGAUCAGAAACAUUUAAGUUACCUGUAUGUGAAAUAGGGUCGAGUUUGAAAUGAUUCGGUGACACGGCAGCAAAUAACUAUUAACGUGUACUAUUAAAAUAGCUAAUAACCAUAAAGUUAUCAUUUGUGAGAUAGAGAAAUGGGGUUAAACAUCAACUCAGGUGUUUUGGGGACGAACACAUUGUUCAACUUGAUUUCAAUAAUUCGCCUGCGCGUAGAGAUCUUUAGUAGUGGUAGGAGGACCCGGAGAAAACCCACGAGGUUGGAAAGGCGACUCUACACUUUGAAGAAUGUAAACCAAGUCAUUUGACUCACUGACAGACGCACAUGUUAAAUCAUUAAACCAUCCCGGAAUUGGGUUGUAAGGGACUCUUACAUCGAAUUCAAAUGUCAAAGGUCAUUUUAUGUACACGAGUAUGGGAACAUGGGGGCCCGGUUGUUCUUCCCAUGCCAACGCCUAUACGUUGUCCCCCACCAGGUCCUUCGUCCUGCACCACUGACAAGGGGAAACAGGUCGGAAAAUGCCGACGUAAUUUCUCGGUAAACACAGGGAUCGAACACAGAAACUCCAGGUUAGCGAGCCAACGUCUUACUCACUGAGUGAUUAUUGUAUUGAUUUGUUAAAACUAUAGCGUAUUGAUUAGUGUAUUGAUUAUAUGUUAUAACUAUUGUUUAUUGAUUAUAGUAUAUUGAUUUGUUACUGAUUAGUGUAUUGAUUUGUUAUUGUUAUGGUAUUUUUUUUAUUAAUGUAUUGAUGGACAUUACAAA